ACAUCCACAGAUGACAGAGUGGCAGUAAACACACGGGCACUAGGACCCAGAGGACUGCAUGAGGCUGCGCGCUGCCUGCCUGCCUGCUCGUGUGCCUGUCUCCUCUCUUCUGCAUUCGCUCACUCUGUGUGUGUGUCUGAGAGAGAGAGAGAGAGAGAGAGAGGGAGAGAGAGAGAGAGACAGCGCGAGAGCCAGAGCCAGCACUUGCACAUCAGAAUCAGGAGAGAGUCACUCUCGUUCUCUCUCCUCCUUCCCCCCCCCUCCUCCGCUGCACCCUCCGCAUCCCACAUCCAUCGCCACCGCCACCGCCACCCUGCACCCCUCACCCGCCGAGAAGAACAAAGCCGGGAGGAAGAAGAGAAGGUGGGGAGGAGAGCGAGGCCUGGCGUGCGGACCGAGGAGCGUCCCUUCCCUCUCGCCUGCGCCGCUCUGCGCUGCGCUACGGCGCUCUGCGAUGCGUCCGGUGCUCCCGGCUCGCUGAGCGCCCGGCAGGCAGGCAGGCAGGCACCUGCGCUCAGGAAGCCCGGCGUCGGCAGCCGCCCCUCCGGACCAAGGUUUGCUGCUCCGUGGGACGAAUGAAAGGCAGGCCGCUGUCCGUUUGAUGAGUGCCCGGGGGUGAGUCCGGUGUUCCCCAAUAAGCCGCCGCUGCUAUUUCUGGCCCUUCCUCCGCGCCGCCGCUAACGCCACGUUAGCCGCCUGGCCGCCGCGCGCCACCCGCUGCUGGCCGGACCCGCCCGCCUGCGCUGCCUGAGCCCCUCGUCCCGGGACCGCCCGCGACCGGAAAGGAUGGGUGAUGGGCCCGUGAGCUGCAGCGCCCGUUUGCCCUAUCCCGCAGCCCCAUGGAGCCCGCCGCCGCCGCCGCCGCCGUCGCCCCCCCCUCCUCCUCCAGCGUCCCGCCGCCGUGGAACUCCUCCCUCGCGGCCGCUCAGCCGGCCAACGUCUCCAGCCUGACCCCGCCGGGGGGGGGCGCCGCCGCCACGCUCUCCCAGUCGCUGGCGCUGCUGGCCAUGCUCCUCAUGGCCCUGCUGGCCGUGGCGGGGAACGUGGCCGUCAUGGCCGUCAUCGCCAAGACGCCGCAGCUGCGCAAGUUCGCGUUCGUGUUCCACCUGUGCCUGGUGGACCUGCUGGCGGCGCUGGUGCUGAUGCCGCUGGGCAUGCUCUCGGACCGGCCCUUCUUCGGCGAGGCGCUCUGCCGGAGCUACCUCUUCCUCAGCGUCUGCCUCGUCAGCGCCGUCAUCCUCUCCAUCUCCGCCAUCAACGUGGAGCGCUACUACUACAUCGUGCACCCCAUGCGCUACGAGGUCAAGAUGACCCUGGGCCUGGUGGUGUCCGUGCUGGUGGGCAUUUGGAUAAAAGCCAUCGUCAUGUCGGCCAUGCCCCUCCUGGGCUGGGCCUUCCAGGGCGGGGGCCCCUUGCUGGACGGGCGCGUCGGGGACCCCCUGCCGCCGCCGCCGCCCGCCCUGGGACGCCGGCACUGCUCGCUGCACUGGACGGGCGGCGGCUCCAACCGCACGGCCUUCAUGGUCCUCUUCACCUUAGUCUACUUCCUGUGCCCGCUGCUGGUCAUCCUGGUGGUGUACUGCAGCAUGUUCAAGGUGGCGCGCGUGGCCGCCAUGCACCACGGGCCGCUGCCCACCUGGAUGGACACGCCCCGGCAGCGCUCCGAGUCGCUCAGCAGCCGCUCCACCAUGGUGACCAGCUCGGGCGCGGCCCGCACCACCCCGCAGCGGGCCUUCAGCGGCGGCAAGGCGGCGGCCGUCCUGCUGGCCGUCGGGGGCCAGUUCCUCUGCUGCUGGCUGCCGUACUUCUCCUUCCACCUCUACUCGGCCCUGGCGGCCGCCUCGCCCGCCGACCUGGCCCACCUGGAGGAGGUGGUCACCUGGAUCGGCUACUUCUGCUUCACCUCCAACCCCUUCUUCUACGGCUGCCUCAACCGGCAGAUCCGCGAGGAGCUCAGCAAGCACCUCCCCUGCCUGUUCAGCAGGGGCCCCAGCGAGGAGGACCGGCUGCCCAGCCGCGAGGGCUCCAUCGAGGAGAACUUCCUGCAGUUCCUCCAGGGGACCGGCUGCAACCUGGAGCCCCAGAACUCCCACAGCACCUCCAGCCCCAAGGCGGAGCACCACCCCGUGCUGCAGGCGCCGCCCACGCAGCAGCAGCAGCAGCAGCAGCAGCCGCCGCCGCAGGUACCCGUCGACUUUCGCAUCCCCGGCCAGAUCGUGGAGGAGACUUCCGAGUUCAUGGAGCACCAUCACAUUAACAACGACCUCACUAUAUCGGACGGCUGCCUCAGGACAGCGCCCUCUCCCAAGCCGGAGGCGUAGUGGCAAAGACAGGCCAUUUCGGUGGACAGCUUUUCGGGUCCUUAGGUUGCCAUUUUGUUUUUUCGUUUGCUUGUUUUUUUGGGGGUUUUUUUCAUCUGUUGAUUAUUAUUGAAAACCGAACACCUUUUCCCCACUCCUUGUGAGCGACACAUUGUAAAGGGAUGCCUUUAUAGGGAGAUGUGUUCCAGACAGCAGAGCAAUGGGUGUACUCCUCAGAUUCGGGGGUGAAUACGUAACAGGGCGGUUUACCUGUACCUUUAGUAUUUGCUGUCACAUGCAGAAACACCAAAUUGCAUGCAAUUGAAGUGAUGGAUCAGAGAAAAAUGCCACAGUAAAUGUAACACCUAGCCUCUGUCAGCUGUGGUGUGGACGACAGUUGGUAAUCGGGCAUCUAUUGCUAUGACUACAGUUACAGUUAAUUUACAACAUUACUGGCCAUUCAAAAUGACACCAUUAGAAAAACAGUUGUAAAUAAACACGUCUCAGUAAACAGCUGAUGAACCGAAAAGCAUGGGCAUUGCUACGUCACGGAAGGCUCUACACAUCAAUGUUAUGAGCCUAUAGCGUUAUUACGAUUGUUAUAUAUUUUUAUUUAUUAAGAUUUAUUUCAGAGCUUACGGUCUCAUUUUGUUUGUCUUUUUCGUCCGUGGCAGAAUUGGCAGAAUCUAUGAAUGAUGCGAUCAUACAGUGACAGCAAAUAACUAUUUUUGAUGUCUAGACACAGUUUUAUGAAUAAUACCCAGAGUACCUAUGCCUAUGUGAAAAGUAUAGCUUGCGAAUUUCUGGACGUAUUUUUUUUUUUUGGACUGCAUUAUCACCGUCCACAGGGGGCCAAUUAAGUCAAAUUUUCAAUCCUUCAUUUGAUCAGUUGUUUGCAAGUAUCCCACGGACUGUGAUCUCAUUAUUUCAAGCAGUUCCACUAUAUUUGUUUGUAGGACCGACUGUGGUUUUUUUGUGGGUCAAUUGGAUUAUCACCCAUUUUAAAAAUGCAAUCAUUUCACCAAAAUUGUUACAUGCCAGGCGUCAUUUUAUAAUUUUCUUGGAAAAUGCAGUGGGAAGUCCCAGAACACAUAGAUACACACACAAAUACAUACAUACACACACACACACACACACACACACACAAAUACAGCUCAGAGUCUUAUUCCUCCACUCAUUAGAUGCUAUGGUGCUGUGGAGAGUGCAGUAUUCUAAUGGUAGACUAUAUGGCAGAACAGCAGGGAAUUUUGUAUAGCAAUCAUGAGUAGGAGUGUAUAACGAGCUGGAAUAUGCACAUACCUCAAAACAGCUAUUAAUUUUGAGUACAGAUGGCCUCAGUGAUUUUGAAGCCUGUUUCAGAAUCACAUUUUGGUGCCCCCUUCCCUCACUUAAAUGAUAAGAAGAUCCUCUUCUUUCCAUGGAAAAAAUAUCACAAGUCUAAAACUGAUAAAGCAGAAACAGUAAGUAGCAUGCCACCCAUUAUACUUACUGUAUAUAAUACAUAUACUUGCAAAUGGGAAGUUUCUUUGAUCUUAUAAAUAUCUAUUCUUAAAUAAAAUAUAUUCAUAAAUGGCCCCAAUGCCUCGGUGGUGAUAGGAGGAUGAGCAAAGGAGGUUUAAGUGUUUUUAUUACAAUUCAUCAUACAGCUUUCAUUUUCAUUCAUUCAGGGGCUCUGACUAAGGGCAGGACACAUGAUUAAUUACACAUAUGAAUAUGAGGGACAUCCCUAGUGUAAAUUCCAGCUUGGUUCCAGAUGGUUUUAAGCUGGUCCAGCUGAGUUGAAGGUGGUGGUCCAGUUGGUUUGAAGCUAGUUUGGAGAUGGUUGAGUUGGCAACCAGCUGGCAAGACCACGUCCAGCUGGUGGGGCCAACUUGGUACAGAGACAACAGACCAUCACCAACUACCCAACGGUAUCCAGCAGGAGCAGAAGCUGGUUCCAGCUGGAUUCCAUCUUAGGCUGGUAGCUGGAAAUUCCACCAGGGAUGUUACAGUAUUAGUGCUCAUGGUGACCAAUUGCUGUCAAAAAACAUGGUGUGGCAUGUGCAGUUAAAGUGGAGUUGUGAGAAUGGCAGGGGUACAAGGUAAAAGCAUGAACAGAUCUGCAAACUAGGCGUGCAAAUGGUGGAUUGAAAUGCUGGAUUAAUAGGCCUGGCUUGGACGGAAGGAUGAAAAAUGUUAAAAACAAUGUUAAAAAGUAAAGUUCAGAAUUUCUCAAGGGUCCAGUGAUCACAGCGGCUGUAUCCCACCAAUGAUAUCUCUCAGCCCUGGGAAACUACAAGGUAGUCACUCUCAGGGCUCUGUGGUGUGGGAAAUAAAAUGAUGUUUUCCUUCACAUCAAACGUACUGUUAAGAUGCCACUAUGGAGCAGGUAACUACAGGUGUCUCCUCCCCCUGCCCUCCACUGCUCACGUGAUAUUAUUGGGCAUUAUUUAAAGCUGCUUUCGUGAGUGCUUUUCAAAGGCAUGUCCCACUGCACAAAUGAUGGAAAGAAACCAAUCUGUUGCACUUGACAAUCCAAGCAAAGCUUUCAAGCUUUAGCAUGUGGCAUAAUUCAGAAUGCCAUCCUGACUGUCACGACUCCUCGAUUUUUGCUUACUUUGCCCCCCCCACCCACCCCAAAAAUAAAAAUAUAAAAAUAUAAACAAUACUAUAAACAACUGGAAUGAACAACCGAGCAUACGUAUUACAGCACCUCAUUCGACAUUCUAACUAUAAACCACUUUCUGUGCCCUUCCCACCUUUGUUCCGGUCUGAAUUAGAGGUCAUUCACAGUGGAAAUGUUCAGUGUUAAAUCAACUCUUGGAGAGUAUGAUGUGAGUCGCUAUAUUGGACUCAUAUGUGCUCAGUUAGAGCUGAAUCAACGCUGGAUAUUUUACUGUGCCGCGUCCCCUCCAGCACCAUCGCCCGCGUGAGGACCAGCCGUUCUCCAGCCGUAGCUAUAGCAGCACGCUGUGUAUUUCGUGGGAGAACGUCUCCUUCUGAAGUUCUGGCUAUGGAGACACAGGGAUGGGGAAUCAGGUAAUUGCCUCUGUGGGAAAAAGAGUGCCUUUUUUUUUUUGAGUGGGACGUGACGAUAAUGGGAAAGUCUUCGUUCCUGCUUCUCUCCCCUCGCGUUAUGAAACCGGCUCUGACUCAGCCCCGGCCAUUUUUUCUGAGGUGAUUAAAAAUGUUUACCCCAGUUUCUCUCCUGUUCUUAAGACCGUAUGCUUUAUGAUAUAACUGUUUACCCGGAGCAAACUUUAUUCGAGGAUUAAAAUAUCACCCUAUCCUCUGUGGUAUUUAAGGGAUGGGGAGGUUUUUUUUUGUUUUUGUUUUUUUAAUUAAAAAAAAAAAAAUACUUCUGCCUGAUUGCAAUAAUGCUUUGUCGGGGCAUAGUAGUGUUAAUAAGUAUGUCAGCAGGGAGUCGUGAUUUUCAGAUUACGGAGCCCCUGCUAUCACACACAAGGCUCAGUUGUUCAGCCUUGAUAUCUCCUGGAUGUGUCUGUUUCAAAUAAGCCACAACUGUCUACAUUGUAUACAAGAAAACGAGUAUUACCCAUGGUCCCCAGAGAAUGAGCGAACAAGCCGAAAUGUCACAUUUGGAGCUGCUUUGACAGUUUUCAUCAGGUUUCCAAUAUCUGUGGUAUUGACUCAGGAGAAACGGUUGUAUUGCUGUGCACACAAUGGAAAGUGCAUGUAUUUGCAGAAGUGAGCUAUUUAUUUGCAAUCCUCUCAGCUCCUUGUCAUUCAGCUGCUGAAUCCGUGCAACUUUUUUUUACUCGUUCUCAGCGACGCUGCCGAUGACAAAGGGCGAUGUUAACAAGAAUUAUAUUAUAAUGUGAUCUCCGGUUUUAAUCAUUUCUUUCUCAUCGCUAUUAUCUGAUUCGCUUAUGCGCAUGUCCCUGUUCUCUAGCAGGUUAGUGUAAAUUUCGUUUUGAAAGGGUGUCUGCCUUAUUUGAUGCAUUGAGUCGGCUUAAUGAAAUAAGAGGUAACUGCAUGUGAAUGCACUUUCCAUCGCGUGCGAUGAUUGACGAUGAUUUUUCCCUGGAACUGUCAGAUUAUGAGCAAGCUAAACAUUGCACCUGGCGGUUCGAAAGGCAACAGGUGUCACUCUUGACAGGGGAGCCCUGGGGGCGUGUUAUCCUUGCUGAAAGUCCUUUGUUACCAAAAUGUACUUGGAAGAGCGUGAGUGUUGUUUUAUGACAUGCGUGCAAACAUUGAUUUUCCACAUUGGAAUGGGUGUGUGGCAAAGCUGGGAAAAUGGUUAAAUGUAUGUGAAAGAAUCGUGCGAAAUGUUGACACUUGAAAUUAAUCACUCGAUAUUACUUCCGACUCUGACAACUAUGAUUUUUACAAGCAUAAAACUUACGUCAUGCUCUGCAAGUUGAUCUGUGGGCAAUGUGUGUUGUUUUAACACAGGUAAGCCUAUUUCUCAAAAGCUGGAGUGUUCUUCACCAUCUGGGCAGAAUGAAAGCACCGUGAUUAAAAGGCCUUUGACACGAAGCAGUGGUGGCAGGACCAGUGUCGCUGAGGCUUUUUGGAAGGGGAAUUGCACGCUGCAGGCUGCAGAAACAUACAGC